GGUCUGGUCCUCGGACUCCUGUUCCUGAGCACGCCGGCCAUGGGCAGCUGUUUGGACAAGUACCAAGAGCUGCUUGGGCAGCUCCAGAAGCAGGCGGACAUCAUGCAGCACACCAGCCUGCUCCUGGACCCCUAUAUCCAAAGCCAAGGUCUGGACAAGGAUGGACUGAAGGAGCACUGUCGGGAGCGCCCCGGGGCCUACCCCAGCAAGGAUGCCCUGCAGGGGCUCGGCAGGUGGGAAUUCCUGCGGACCCUCGACACCACGCUGGGCCACGUUCUGCAUAGACUGACUGCCUUGCGGCGGGACAUCCCCAGAGCCCAGGACUUGGAGAUUCUGAAUAGGGCGAAGCAGAACAUUCGCGGGUUCAAGAACAACAUCCACUGCAUGGCCCAGCUGCUUCCAGGCUCCUCGGAGACAACGGAGCCCACUCCGACAGGCCCGGGGACGUCUCCGUCGCCCACCCCCACCUCAGACACCUUUCAGCGCCGGCUAGAGGGCUGCAGGUUCCUGCAUGGCUAUCACCGCUUCAUGCACUCCGUGGGGCAGGUCUUCCGAGAGUGGGGGGAGAGCCCAAGUCGGAGUCGGAGACACAGCCCCCACCAGGGCCUGCGGAAGGGGACCAGCAGGAUGCAACUCUCCAGGAAGAACAAGAGACUCCUGCCCAGGGGGCAGCUGCCCCGGUAGCCUUAGGGGCAGCCCUGGCAGAUAAAGGAUCCACAGGUACUGUGUAGGAUGGCAUCUCCCCUGGGGCCUCCAAACCCCGCUCCCCUCUGUUCCCCACCUCUCAGAAGUGCACUUUAAGGGGUGGGAGCCAGGCAGGCCGCUCUACCUCCUCCGGGCUGGGACAGUAGGGUCAGGCCAUUGAGCCCCCAGCUGUGAGUUCCCCAGUCUCGGUGGGGUGGCCGGCUCAGGCCACGCGGGGCCAACUUUCCAUUGAUUCAGGGGUCU